AUGAGGGGCCACGGUCCGGCCUUAGGGCUGCGAAUAGGUCCACGACGAAUCUCAUUCCUCCUCGUCCUCCUCGGUUUAUUCGCCCUGUUCACCCUCCUUUUUACACUGCCCAAUUCAAUACCGACUGGGCCAAGUCUUUCAAAGUCGAUUGCCGAUCAUAAAUUCUCUAUACCGAAAUACAAGGAUAAGCUCUCGUCAAGUAUAUUGAACCCCUUCCGGCCGGCUUUUCACAAGCCUGCGGAACAGAAGAACUCAACAUAUGGGGAAAGCUCAUGGUAUUCGAAUUGGAACUGGAGGAAUCCCUUUUCAUCGUCUAUCACAUUGGAUGAGAAUCGAUCUCUCCUCCCACCUCUAAAGGAAAGGGCUCCUAUUUAUUGCUACUACGAUACUACUGUCCAGCGGGAUGCAUCUACAAAGGAGGCUGAUAGUGCGCUAUUGUUGACAUGGAGGCGCGCCUGGUGGGCUAAGGGAUUUAAGCCAAUCAUCCUGAGCGCGGCAGAGGCUAUGAAUAAUCCGCUUUAUGACGAGCUUCAGAGAUUAGAUGUGGAGCCCAGUUUUAAGAAAGACAUGAUGCGCUGGCUCGCAUGGGAGAAUAUGGGGGGCGGACUUCUGGCACAUUAUCUGUUACUCCCCAUGGCGGCCUACGAGGACCCUUUACUCUCAUUUCUACGAAGGGGAGAGUAUCCGGGCCUGACGAGGUGGGAGGAUAUUGAUAAUGCUUUAUUCGCUGGUCCCAAGGUCCAAAUCGCCGAUACCAUUGUUCAAGCGCUCCGAGACCCCAAAAGUAAAUCUGCUAAGGACAUAGUUUCUGCGGUUACCAGCGAAACUUUCCGUGUUGACCCGUCUCAUGAUUCGCUAGCAUUUUACGAUACUAAGACUAUCGAGAAGACCUACCAAAAGAUCGCGGAAGAAGUCGCAGCGGAUCGUGAUAAGGGCAUGAAGAGCUUAAACGACCUUAUUAACUUUCACCUGCAUAAUACCUGGCAAGAUAUUUUUAGCAGUGGUAUAGCAAUCCUCAAGCCCAUGCCAACUCACACUACGCACAUGAUCGAGCAAGCCUUGGACCUGGCAACUAGACUCGCGAUCUGUAGUGAUAGUCCAAUGCCAGCAUCGUGUCCGCCAAAUCUUCCAAAAUGUUCGCCUUGUGUGUCCUCUCACCCUAUGAAGAUUUCGACCCCGGCGCGUUAUAAGAAUAAUACGGACUUGUAUACUAUAGGAACAGUACCACACCCGUAUACACUGCGCACGCUGGACACGCUCCGAAAUAAUUUAGAUAUUGCCUAUAUUAGGCGAGAGAUCAAAAGACGUGACGAAUGGCUUUACCUCGUCUUCCAGGAGCUUCUAGGCACGGGCAUACCCGGAUCGAUGCGCGUACUUAAGUUCAAGGAUGCUGUGGCUGGUGAAUUCGCAGCGUCACACUCCCUAUGGCUAACGCCGGAGAAAGAGUCGCUCCCAGAUGACCUAGAUUGGUGGUUCGGUUUCGACUUACCAAGUAACAUGACUGACGACGGGAAAUCGGAGACCCCGGUUCCAGGCCCGGAGCGCCGCCCGAAACCCCAGCAUGACCCGGCAGAUGGGCCGGUCGCCUCUGAUGACGACCUCUUGCGUGAGCCGAGCCUCCUGAGUAGGGCGCGAGAAGUGAUGAAGAGCAAGGUUAAAGAAGAUGAGCGUGUACGGAGUGCAAUUGAAGCCUGGAAUUUGGCGGACACAGAGGCUUGGCGAUUUGCUAAGGCGUUCCUAGCACGUUCCAGGGUGGAGAGGCUUAAAUGGGAGGAAGAGGAGAGUAAAUAUGCUGGAGGUGUGGGAAGUGAAUCUGGAGGACGGGGAUCUAGUUGGCUUCGCUGGGGAGAUGAUGAGAGCGAAGAGGACUAA